AUGGACUCUGCUGAAGACGAGAUGAUCUCGCACUUCUGUGCUAUCACAGGAGCCACUCCGGCUGUGGCUAGGCAGCACCUGGUAGCCAACAACUGGGAUCUAGACAUGGCGAUUGCAGGCGUUUACCCGGAGGAAGAGGGGCCAGAGUCGGAUUAUGAUGAUAUGGACGAUGACCAGAGUAGACAGGCUGGAACAACUGCCGGAGGUCAGGCGGCCGCGGCUUCUCGUGCACAAGGAGCUGGGUCAAAAUCUAGAGCUGGUGCAAAGAAGUUUGCAACUCUGGGGGACCUUGGUUCUGGGGAUGGUGGAGGCCCUCCUUCUCAAGAUCUUGACGAUGAUGAGCCCCAGGACCUCUUUGCAGGAGGCGAAAAGUCCGGACUUGCAGUGCAGAAUCCAGACGAUAUCAAGCGAAAAAUCAUUGAAAAGGCCAAGAAGGCAAUGCCAGCCGCCGAACGUAGCUCAACACCAGCAAAAUCGCAUUUUACCGGAACUGCUCGCACCCUCGGGGGAGACGACACUCCCAGCCGAGUUAUUGAAGACCCUAACGCAAACCAGCCGCAGCCUCUCGAGCGCGUACAGAGAACUCUUCACUUUUGGAAUGAUGGAUUUUCAGUUGACGAUGGCGACCUAUACCGAUCUACCGACCCCAAGAAUGCACAAAUAUUAGAAGGCAUCCGACAAGGACGUGCUCCGCUCUCCAUCAUGAACGUUCAGGUUGGACAGGAUGUAGAUGUCCAAGUAAAACAACACGAUUCAGACUAUGUGAGGCCCAAGGGGAAAUUUAAGGCCUUUUCCGGAUCCGGUCAACGAUUAGGCAGCCCAACUCCAGGUGUGGUGUCUACUGAACCGGCAUCUGGACCUGCAAAGGCGUCUGCUCCGGCUCAGGCUAGCACUGGCCCCGAGCAGCCAAAGAUUGAUGAGUCUCAGCCUACAGUUACCCUACAAAUCAGAUUGGGCGAUGGCACAAGGCUAACCAGCCGAUUUAACACCACGCAUACUAUCGGUGACGUGUACCAAUUCGUUGCGGGAGCCAGUCCACUCAGCCAACAGCGAGAAUGGGUUCUCAUGACUACUUUCCCGAGUACAGAGCUCAAUGAUCGCUCCGCUAUCCUGGGAGACCUAAAGGAGUACAAACGUGGCGGCGUCGUCGUUCAGAAAUGGACUUAG